AUGCCCAGCUCCGCCGUCUACCUGAACGUGUAUGACCUCAUAGAGCACAAUGACUGGACCUACUGGUGCGGCGUGGGCAUCUUCCACUCAGGAGUCGAGGUGUACGGUGUGGAGUAUGCUUAUGGAGGACACGAGUACGAUGCCCCAGGCGUGUUUGCCACCAAUCCCCGGCAAGCUCCCGGGACGGUGACGUUCCGCGAACCCGUGCUGGUGGGGGAGACGGACAUGACGCCCCGAGAGGUGUAUGCCAUGGUGCAGGAGCUGGGCCAGAUCUUCAGGGGCAACGCAUAUCACCUGCUGCAGCAGAACUGCAACACCUUUUCUGACGAGCUCUGCUAUCGCCUGACGGGCCAGAGGGCACCCCCAUGGGUCAACCGUCUGGCCAACUUUGCGGUGUCCCUGCACUGCCUCCUGCCCCAGGGCUGGGUGCCCCCACUCCGACCCCCAACCGCCGCCCAGGCCGAGGAGCAGCGGCUGCUCGCGCCCGGUUCAGCCGACCUGGACUCCUCCACGCUGUCGCCGCCCUCACAGCAGCCCUUUUUGGUCUCGGCCCCGCAGCUCGUAGCGUGA